AUGAGUUCGCACGCGGGGACAGAUAAGUAUGUGGAGGAAUUUAUUGCACAUGUUUUGGCCAUAUGGGCCACGAAGGAACGGAGGUUCACGCCGAAGGAGUUUAACGAGGGGCUAUGGAAUAUUAUGAAGGGACUAUUGCAGGAAUUUGUGCAGCAUAUGGAAAAAAUGCAGGAGCUCGGACUAAUAGAGUCACUGGGUGCCAACUGUGAUAAUACUGGUUGGGAUUAUAUGGACGACAGUACUGAUUUGUUCGUAACUUUUACUGAAAACGCCAGACUGACUUGCCAGAUCAUGUCCGCUGCAUUAGGGUUCAUGGGUACAGUAAGACAAGGACGUGAUGUUGCAGUAACGAGGACUGACAAUGAGAAAGAUAUUAGAGAGAUAUUAGGAUGCGUUGUGAUGCAUGCAUUUGCCAGUAUCUUAAGAUAUACAACGUGUGGGGAUACGUGGAAAGGAAUAAAUUAUGCGUGGAGAACAAUGAAGCAGGUGGAAGGCGAUGGGUUCGCCGGGAGCGAGGGUGCUAUUGCAAGCGCAAGAUGCGAGAAAAGCGGUUGGAAGGGAUUAAAAAUAGGUAGCGCAAACAUUCAAGACGCGGUUGAUACGUGGUUAUCGCACAAUACGGAAUUAUGGACAAAACUGAGGACAAUACAUGGCCAUGAGAACUGUCGACGCCACAAGUCAAGAACAGAUGCAUUAGCAAAAACAACAGGGAACGUGGAUCCAGGCGCACGUGUCAUCGGCAGCGGUGGCAUUGGAAAAGAAAUAGUGACAGUGGUGAAGGACGUAUUCGACAAGAUGAAGGACGACGUAAUACAAAAAUCCAAGUCACCGCCACAACUACCAGGAGCAGAAAAGGAAAAGACCAAGCAGACAGAUGCGUCAGAUCCUGCCAAGACAAAUGACAACAAGAGCCACAAGGAAGAGAAGACUACAGAGAGCAAGGGUGACCAGAAGGAUAAGGCAGCAGCACAACCCGCAGCACCGGCCCCAGCAUCACCAGGUGGAGAAUCAGUAGGAAGGGCAGAUACACCACCAGCGGAUGCAGCACCAGCAACAUGGACAACGUCAUCUACAGGCACGGGACAAGGACCGGGUCAGGGACCUGGACCUGGACCACAACCACCCCGACCACCAACAGGUAAUACGUGUACAGAGAGUUCCACCAGUACGAAUACGAACGGAUCCGGCGUUAGCAUCAGCCUCGGGUGCACUCCAGAUUCCGCGUGGGGAGUUCCCUCUAGUAUACCUCUAACUCCCCCUGAUCCAGAGCCAGGACCCACGCAAUCUGUACCUGAGGCCCCACCUGCACAGAUAGACCCAUCCACUAAAUCAGAACCAGGAAAACCAUCAUCUGAGACUACAACAUCAUCAACAGGAACACAUACACCAGGAGCAGCGGCAACCCCCAGUACACCUACUGGUGGAAAGGACGAUGCCCUUCUUCCCAAAGGCGAACCUGAAUCCACACGUACAUAUCAGGCAGACGUAUCCUGCAGCACUAAUGAAUCCGAUACUUUCAGUAGCUUUGCUGGCGGUCUGCAUCAUUCCUGUAACAAAAACACCGACGGCUCGAAUGACCACAGUAACACUUCCUCCUGCAGUGGUGGAGUCAGUAAAGAUACUGCUGGGAAACCUGAUGGAAGCAGUACUCCAGAUGGUAACAAUGUUCCAAAUAGUGUCCCGCAGAACCCUCAGCGGGAUUCACCUAGCCCCUUAGAACCAGUAGUGGUCCAGACGGGAAGUACAAUACAUACCAGUCAAUCACCAACGGGCUCACCAAACCGUCCGCCAGGACAAGCGGACCAGGUUGAUAAACGUAAUUCAUCCAAUGGAAUAUCCAAUACAGCAGGCGGUACAGCGGGUUCAGAAAAAGGAACCUCGAAUGAACUACCACCUACGCACCUUUUCCCGAAAGCAGUCGACCCCAAGGAUCUCGUCCCAUAUGUACCCGCGAUUAUUCCAGCGGUUGUUGGUAUUGCGAUCAUUGCGUUCUUCCUCUGGAAGUACUUUGCGUACCUCGCUAAACGACGACGAACAUAUCGAACCGUGCGUGACGUGCCGUCACCGCCACUCGACGAAGAAAUAUUGGAGCAUCUACAACGCGCGGACCUGCCGCCACCCGAUUACGGGUACACCAUGAUUCGGGAUAGGCAACCUUCGUCAAUACCUGGUAGAGGCCGCCCACCACGCGUGCAUAAGCGCACCAUCAUGGAGCUACAUCUAGAAGUGCUCCACGAAUGUGACGCAGCCGCGUGGGAAAACGUCAAAGACGACUAUUUGCACAUACUCGUUCACGAGUUUAUGGGGGGCAACAACAUGUGUACAAGUAGCUCGGAUGUCUGUACCCCAGACGACGGUUUAGCAACCCACGAUUCGACAACCCGCGAUGUGACAACCGCGCAUUCGACAAACCGGGAUCUACCGAUCGAUUCCGACGGCACAGAUCCAUGUCCACCACAUGACCCCGAUCCAUGGAGUUGUAUGGAAACCAUACAGUUAGCAACCGACCCUUGUCGACCUCAUGACCCCGAUCCAUGGAGUUGUAUGGAAACCAUGGAGUUAGCAACGGACCGUGCUCCACCUCACGCAGAGGACCGAUGGAAUUGUAUGGAAUCCAUACAGUUACAUGCACAACAGAGUCGUGCUCAUUCCGACCACGGUGACGAGACGUCGGCGUGCACCCACUGGAUUAACUGGAUUGACCGCAACAAGUACUUUUUGCGGGCGUGCGCGACGCAGCCGUGGUUUUUGCAAUUAAAAGCGGAUUGGAAACAAUACCUGCGUGAGCACAUCGUGUCAGACGCAGCAUCCGGUGACCACAAGACAGCCGCAACCAUGGAAAGGACGAAAUUGGAUGCAUGGCAAGCAUGGGUUGCAAAACAACAUGACCUUAUGAAUACAUAUAGUGCGGAGGCGUGGUUCCAACAUUUGUUGCAUAAUGUACAGCAGGAGACAGCACCGGAAAAACGCGCAGUACCUAUAGCGGAAAAAGCCUUAGAACUGGACAAAGUAAUGGCCGCAGAAGAUAUACUGAGAGUGAGAGUUGCACCAUGCACGCAACUUCAUCAGCAACCUUACUGCAACCACCGUUAA